UGGUCUAGAAGAAAGUUUGUCUCCUCAGCAACAGGAAUCAACCAGAUACAGACUGUGUCCUGCUGGACAUCUUUGAUCUUACUUUUUAUUUCCAGGCAGUUGUUAUAAUGCAUAACUGUGGCAACAAGGUAUUGUUUUGCAGCUGGAAGCAGCUUAUUAGCAUAUUAAAAAUUCUAAUAAUACCUGAACUCUGAUCCCAACUCACAGAUGAGUUGAAAUAGAGGCUAUGUGGAUUUACUUUGUGUUGCAGGCCAGGAACAUCAGAUGAAAUGUACAUGAAAUGAAAUUGAUUAACCAGAACAUUAUUGUUUAUUUCACUUUGUUCACAAUCCAUCAUUUUUUUCCCCCAUACAUUCUGUCUUUUACUGAUUAAUGGUUAUGCAAAACCAUAAUACACUGCGGCACUGAAGUGCUACUCAAUUAUGGUCAUGCCCAAAAGGAAAAAAAAAAUCCAACCCAGAGAGUUGACGUUGACGGCUGGGCUCAGUGAGGGAGAGUGGUAGUGAUGAUGUGAGCUGUGGGUGUGACUGAGCCCCAGGUUCAGUAUAAACUGACCAUGGAUGCAGAGGGGGGCAAACAGCAGUGUUCCUGUCUCUUUUGUCCUGUUUUUCCCGGCAGGGACGGACGAUGAGAGUGGAAGGCACCGAGUAGUGGCUCAGCAGGGACGCUCUCGAUCUGCUUUAAAACUAGUUCAGUGUUCUCCAGGAUUUACUGCGGUGAUGGAGAAAGCUGCUGUGCUGCUGCUGCUCUUCUGCUGCCUGGUCAUGUCUUUGUCAGGCUCCCCGCUCUACCCGUCCAUCAGGUUUGGCCAAAGGGACACGUCCAUCCUCAUGACGUCUUCCCUGAAGAAUCCGGCAGAGCAGCAGGACGAAGACGGGAUCUCUCUGAGGGACGGAGAGGAGCUGCGCUCUGAACGUCACGCUGAUGCCAUCUUUACCAACAGUUACAGGAAGGUCUUGGGCCAGAUCUCUGCCAGGAAGUUCCUUCAGACUAUCAUGGGCAAACGGCUCGGAGAUGAAAGUGAGAGCUACAUGAAACGUCAGUCAGACAUCUAUGAGGGGACGUUUAAAGAAGAUCUCACAUCCAUCCAGAGCGAUCAGAGGUACAGAGGAGGGCGGGGGAACGUCAUGAGGCCCAGAAGUUGAGGAUUAACUGAAGAGUGGGAGCCAUCAUUGAUUGGGUUCUUUUGCUUUAUCUGUAUUUGUAUUCUAUUUAUUUGUAUUGUAUUAUAACUUUAUUUGUAUUCUAUACAAAUAAAGUUAGUAAUAUUGUCUUUUGUUAGUUGUUAUUAAGAAUUACAUUAUUAAUAAUAAUU